UCCUUCUUGUCCCUCUUCUUCCCCUUCAUCUCCCUUUUUCCCCCUACACUUCUCUCUCCAUCUCUUUGCCUCUUCUCUUCCUCUUCCCCCCCGGCCCCGUGCCCUCGUAGCACUACAGCUGUGCAAGGUCCUGUACCUGGGCCGGGGCAAUCCCAGGCACAAUUACAGGCUGGGCAGAGUAUGGAUUGAGAGCAGCCCUAAGGAGAAGGACUUGGGGGUGCUGGUGGAUGAGAAGCUCGACAUGAGCCAUCAGUGUGAGCUCCAACCGUAGCCUGGGCUGCACCAAAAGAAGAGUGAUCAGCAGGUCGAAAGAGUUAAGCGUGUAUACUACCACACGGUCAAACCUUGGUGCUGAGAAUAAUGUAGAUCUGGUUUUGAAUGUGGAGGAUUUCGAUAUUGAGUCCAAAUUUGAAAGGACAGUGAACGUCUCUGUACCAAAGAAAACACGAAAUAAUGGUACAUUAUAUGCAUAUAUAUUUCUUCAUCAUGCUGGCAUUUUGCCUUGGCGUGACAGUAAGCAGGUGCAUAUAGUAAGCCCUCUGACCACAUACAUGGUCCCUAAACCAGAAGAGAUUAAUUUGCUCACUGGAGAAUCGGCCACACAGCAAAUUGAAGCAGAAAAACAAAACAAUGCUCUAGAUGAACCUGUCUCUCACUGGAGGUCAAGAUUAACCCUAAAUGUCAUGGUGGAAGACUUUGUGUUUGAUGGAUCAUCCCUCCCUGCUGAUGUUCAUCGUUACAUGAAGAUGGUUCAGUUGGGGAAGACAGUGCAUUACCUUCCAAUAUUAUUUAUUGAUCAGCUAAGCAACAGAGUGAAAGAUUUGAUGGUUAUAAAUCGUUCAACAAUGGAGCUACCUCUUACGGUGUCAUAUGACAAAAUAUCUCUUGGAAAACUCCGAUUUUGGAUCCACAUGCAGGAUGCUGUGUACUCCCUACAACAGUUUGGGUUUUCAGAAAAAGAUGCAGAUGAAGUUAAAGGAAUUUUUGUUGAUACUAACCUGUACUUUCUGGCUUUGACGUUCUUCGUAGCAGCAUUCCAUCUUCUCUUUGAUUUCCUUGCAUUCAAAAAUGACAUCAGUUUUUGGAAGAAAAAGAGGAGCAUGAUUGGAAUGUCUACAAAAGCAGUGCUUUGGCGGUGCUUUAGUACUGUGGUAAUAUUUCUUUUCCUUUUGGAUGAACAAACAAGUUUAUUGGUACUGAUCCCAGCAGGCAUUGGUGCAGUGAUUGAGCUCUGGAAAGUGAAGAAAGCUUUGAAAAUGACAAUCAAAUGGCAAGGCUUGAGACCCAAAAUUCAGUUUGGAACAUACAGUGACUCUGAAAAGAAAACUGAGGAGUAUGAUACUCAGGCUAUGAAAUACUUGUCAUAUUUGCUCUAUCCGCUGUGUAUUGGAGGUGCAGGUUACUCCUUGCUGAAUGUCAAAUACAAAAGCUGGUACUCCUGGUUGAUUAACAGCUUUGUCAAUGGAGUGUAUGCUUUUGGAUUCCUGUUUAUGCUGCCUCAGCUAUUUGUAAACUACAAGAUGAAAUCUGUUGCACACUUACCAUGGAAGGCUUUCACGUACAAAGCAUUCAACACCUUCAUUGAUGAUAUAUUUGCUUUUAUCAUCACAAUGCCGACAUCUCAUAGGCUGGCAUGCUUUAGAGAUGAUGUUGUGUUCCUGGUCUAUCUUUACCAAAGAUGGCUUUAUCCUGUGGAUAAGAGCAGAGUGAACGAGUAUGGAGAAUCUUAUGAAGAAAAGCCAAAAAAAAAAAACUCAUAGAGAAUAACGAAGAAUAACGAAGAAGAUACUGACCCCUGGACUCUUACUGA